GAACAAGUAUUCCUUUGUCAAGGUUAUUUCUCCAAAAAACGAAAAAUGAUAGUUAUAUGUUGUCUGGGAGAGACAAGAAUAUUUAUCAAGAAAAGAACCAUAAAGAGCACCACUACUGAAAGUAACUUAUUCUCACAUUUAUAUGAUUGGACUGCGUCACUUAUUAAUGUAACGUGCAUUCCUUGAAUUUACUACUGUAUUCUAAAUGCAUUUUCUAAAAUUUAGUUCAUUGAGAAAUUUAAUUUCUUUUUCUUUUUCACGUAUUAUGUUUACGUGUUUUUCAGGAAAGAAUUUUUGUUUUUCUUAUCGUUUUAUUGUAGUAGAUAUGUUGUGUGAAAUCAUACGUGAGGAAAAAUAAAGAGAUGGAAUUUUAAUGCACUAUGAUUAUGAAAAAACAACUCUCUACCCUCUACUAAAACAAGAAUGAUGCCCCCCCCAGGGUGCCCUCCUUCAAAACUGGAAGUAGAAGUCAAACUUCCUUGAGGCUCUGGCAACCAUUCUUCCAUGAAUUACGUGGACUAGACAACAACAAACAAGAAUGAUAAAUAUAUUAAUUAGAUUAUAACCCAUGACAUGCUAAACGCCUCUGUCGGAAAUACCUCUAACGAUGUAUCUCAAGUCCUCAACUCGCUAAACGUAUCGAAAGAUAAUACUUGCUUCGAGCCCCGCCUCAGCCGAACUAUUUUCGUGGUAGUCAUACUGGAUAUCGUCCUUUCUGCUGUUUCCAUCGCAGGGAAUGUACUUGUCGUCUACGCAGUUCUGAGGUAUCGACAGUUACGGAGUGUCACCAAUGUUUUCAUUUUGGGACUAGCUGCUGCAGAUCUACUGGUUGGCCUGAAUGUACCGUAUUACAUCCUAUUCUACUUCAACUUCAGGUCUCUUUCUUGCCAUCGUAUCAGUUGCCUGCUCAGAUACUGGUUCACAAUCUACACUUCAGGAUGUUCGAUGUUAUGUGUAGUUGGUGUAGCUGUGGAUCGUUACAUAGCAAUCCUUCAUCCUUUGUCUUAUCACAGGUUGAUGAGAACUAGGCAUGCUUCAGCUUACGUUUUGGCUGUGUGGAUAUCAAUGGGCAUCGUCAGUUCUCUUCCUCUUCUGGGAGUAGGAGACCAGUUUGAUCCUUCAAAGGAAUGCGAUUUAUAUUAUACUCAUACGAAAGAAUAUGCACUUGCUGCCGUAGCAUCUGUCGUGUUGGUAACAUUUAUUGUUACUACUACUUUAUAUUCGAUGAUCUUCAAGGAAGCCUGGAGACACAAACGAGCAGUGGUGGCUCUUGAGCUGAACCAUAAAGUACGUCAAGAAACUAAAACAGCUAGGAUGAUGGCUCUGGUGAUGAGUGUCAAUUUUCUAGGUUUCUUGCCGUACCUCAUUGUUAUUACCCUGAGGUAUGUUGAUGGUUUGAAUCAAGAACGCAUUGGAUUUUUCAAACCUUUCGUUGUUUGCUGCUAUUUUGGAAAAUCGGCAAUAAAUCCGGUCGUUUAUGGAUGGAAAAACAAAGAUUUUAGGCAUGCGUUUAGGAAGAUUUUAAGUUUCGACAAGAGCUACAGUUGAAGAAGCAAUUUUGUAUCGCAUGUGUAGAAUUAAGUUAUUCUGAUUCAGGCGCAUCAUCAAAAUGUUUAACAGAAAAGUAAAACUGCAUUUCAAGUUCCUUCCGCAUUUUAAAGGUUUGUUAAACUAAGAGAGUCAUCAUGGGACGAAAUAUACAAGAAGUUUUUAUAUUGCUUUCGAGAAAGUGUAUUCAGUUACGUUACAAAAAUCAAGUUAAAAUGAAAGUGAGAUGAAUACCUGUAGGUAAAUUCGGUUGUCUACGGAUAGGAAAAGAAAGAUUUUAGACAGGCACUUUGGAAAUUUUUAUGUUUCUGGAAGACUUACAGAUGAGAAACAGCUGUUCUAUUGCAGAUAUACUAUAAAAAUAGUAAACAGAGAACAAGAUACUACAGAUUGCAGAUUCUUUCUUCAUUUGCAAAGUGUGUUUAGAAAAAGAUUCAUGGGAUGAAAUAUGAAAAAACGAUGUUUAUGCUACGCUUGAGACUAUUUCUGCACAACUGAAAAUAAUUCUAAUAUACAAAUGAAUGUAUCGCAAAAGUAAUAUGGAUUAUUUACAUAAAUUCUGUAACAAGCACCAAUCUACAAUGAACUCUAAUACUUUUUUGUACUUCAUAACUCUUUAUGAAAUCUGAUUAUUUAUUUAAAAUUAGCAAAUUAAAUUUUUGCUAGCGAAGCUUGCAGUAUCUGAAAUAUUACAUUCAGAAAUCGAGGAAAUUGCACCUCACCUUUUUAAUUUCAAAAUGUUCUACAUGAGAACAAUGAUCUUGAAACAUCGAUUAAACAUAAUAUUCAUUAAGAAAAUAUAAUUAUAUGAUGCUUCAUUAUUUUUGUUAAUCAAUUUCGUUAAGCAGAAGAUUGUUUCAUUAUACUUUCUUAUUUAUACAUGCUGCAUUUCCAGCUUAUAUGGUUCUGCAGAAAUAAGACUUAUAAUCCUUCGAAUGUUGUUAAGUUUGUUGUGUUAUAUAUUUUCUGCAUAUAUAUGCUUUUACUAAAUGUUCAGUAUUUGUGUUUUGAAUCUUCUUCCAUUACAUGCAUGUCAGAAUGCAUAUACUAUAUAUCCCUUUAACAGAAUACAUAAAUAAGUACGUAUGCAAAUACAUGUAAUAUAGUAUUUCACAAGCUGCAUGACCUUUUACAAAUUUUGUUGUUGCUUUUCAUAAAAUUAUUUCUUUAAAUGUUUAAGCUAUGACUAAGCAAAACUGAAAGUAUUUUAAAUUGAAUUAAUAUUUUAAAUUGCAUUAAUAUUUUAAACAGUUUCUUAACUAAGAAUUGAUAUAUUUAAUAGAUUUAGAUGAAAAUAAUUUGCAUAAAGUUACUGUUGUGUAUAAAAAUGUAUUUGCAAUAGGAACUUGAUAUCUGAUAGAUGCAUAUAAACAAAUUUUGUUGUAGCUUUUCAUAAAAUUAUUUCCUUAAAUGGUUAACCGAUGACUAAGCAAAAUUGAAAGUAUUUUAAAUUGCAUUAAUAUUUUAAACAGUAUCUUAACUAAGAACUGAUAUAUUUAGUAGGUUUAGACAAAAAUAAUUUGCAUAAAGUUACUGUUAUGUACAAAAAUGUAUUUGCAAUAGGAACUUGAUAUCUGAUAGAUGCAUAAAAACACAUUAAUUUCCAUUCCUGCGACACAUUUCGCACAUUUUUAUUUUAUGUAUGUAUAAUCUUGAGCAUAAUUUAAAUUAUAUUUCCUUAAUAUGUUAAGUAUCUAGGUUAUUGAACACGGCAAAGCAUAUGACGGGUAUCUGCUUACGGGGAAAACAGGCCUUCGUGGAGGACUUUCAGAGGUCAACUGGUUGGUUUCUGGCUUUAGAAGUCAAAUGGCUUUAUAGGUUACUUCUGGUUAACUGGCUUUAAAAGGUUCAAAGGUUAACUAGGUACAAAUGGGGAUAACCACGAAAUGCAACCAUGCAAAUAUUCUAUUCGGCUUUAUUCAAACCAAUGCCGGACUACCAUCUUUCAGAGAGCUUAACCACUCAGCCAUUGGUGUUAAUCAUCUAGACUACCAUAUUGUUCAUAAAGAUAAAUUUUAAAAAUUUUCUAAUGCGUUCGUUCAGUAAAUUUGUUGUAACGUCAAGAAAGAAAAACUGAAAUGUUUUAAAGCUUUCAAUUUGAAAAAGUUAACUGGCAACUAUUUUAUGGCAGAUGGUUGUAAAACAAAUACAUGGCCAUACACGGCCUGCAAUAUUUAUUAAAUAUGUAAUCUGUGUAUUUGUAAUCAAUUUUGUAUAUGCUAGACGUACCUCAUGGUUUUUCGUUUAUAUUUUCCUGCUGUUCAUCAUUUUGCGAAAUUUGUGUGAAUUUUUACUCUGUUGGAAGACUUUUCAAUUACAACUAAAAUUGGCUAAAACGUAGUAUAGUUUUCUGAUGUUUGAAAAGUCCUCCAAUGUGCAUGAUCUUAAAUUUAGUCUUCAAACAUGAGUUUUCAUUAUGUUUGAGAACUGAAUUUUGUACUUUUACAAAGUCUUGUAUUUAAAGCAUGAAUUUUUCUGUAUUGCGAGUAACUGUUCAGAGAUUUGAAUGUAUAAAACCAAUAAAAAUAUGAUUUGUU